UGACAUGGUCCCCACUGAUUGGCUACAUCCGGAUUCUCAGCCCUCCCCCCACAUAUUAACGUCCUGGCUGAAAGGUAACGAUCGAUGGUGUUCGAAAUCAGAGUAGAUAAGAAGUAGAACACUGCCGAGCGAACCGUAAGGUACUGCGCGGUAUACAACGAAUGAUAGUUUUAUGAGGUUUCCUCCAUGGCAAAAGAUAUCGUUCAGCGGUGUUUUGCAGAACAAAGGGGUUAAAUCUUGGGUAUUGUUCCACUUUAUUUUGUAUUUUAUCAGCUUGAUUGGGUACAGACCUACCCAAUGGGAAGAGGCACGAACGAACGAGUCAUUAAUCCCUUGCGAAAUACCCUCCCCAUCUAUCCAUUCCCACAAUCCACGGUAGACAGUCACUGUGGGCGUUCACGGCCGGGAAUCGUUAGGUUCCCAGUGGUUGUGUUGUAGUUAAUUCCUUAUCUCAGGUAAUGUUUCUUUUUCUUUUGUUGUUGGGUAUGUUAAUAUAUGCUAAUGGGGUUGAAAUAAAAGAAAAAUAAAAUUUACCUGAGAUGAAAAAUUAACUACUACAAUUCAACGAAAGUCAGAUCAGAGAAGUGCUGUGAAAGAAAAAGACUAAAAUGUGAUGUGAACCGAGAUAAGAUAAGUAAAUGUGAACCGAAGGCAACACAUUCUCCUCAGUUAUUUAAAGACCUGAGCGUUGGUCCCGUCAGCGAUUAGACCCGGUCAUUUUGCCCCGAAUUGUGUUACCGAACCAGUUGAUUUAAACAUUCGGUGGUUGUCUUUUUGAAACAGAUUUUAGUCGGCGCCACAAGCAGCUCAGUGACUGGGUUCUGAACCCCUAAUAGGACGGGGUCAGCUGACCUCUGUCUGGCUUGGUGGCCUGUCCAAUCCCGGAGCUCUGAUGAUCUCACUCAGGCACGAGAAAGCGGCCAUGGUGGGAUGUUCUGUGGACGAGGUAGGAUUGAAGCAAACUUAUAAAAUAUUGUUAAAAAUUGUAUUUCGUUUAUAAUUUGUGUGCAUACUUUGAUAUGCCGGAAGAUUGAGCUAGCUAAGGGAUAGCUUUGCUUUACUUGAUGUUGCGUCAAGUGGAGGCUUGUUGUCCGAGCGGUAAACACCUCGAUCAGGAGGUCUGAGUUCAAGUUUAACCGUCGAGUUUUUUCCUUAGACCUCACGGAAUGACUAACUGCGAGAAAGUUCGUCAAGGAACAAAGGGAUGUGUGAUAACAAUGAGAUCUUUAAAAUUCAUACGUAUCUCGUCAAAGUCUAUCAAUAGACGGGAAGAAUUGUAAACUGCGCAAAACAAUCAUUUACAGUGAGCUUAAGAAGUGGCUGGCCUGGAUACCUUGUUGGGCCUUGUUAGGCCUAAUUAACGUCGAAUCCUGAGGGAUACUCCAUAUUAUGGUCUAUAUAAGGAGGUUUUGCCCGAAAGCUAAGUGAUCUUCCCAACACUUUCAUGAAAUGAAAUAUCCGUUACCUUGGCUACCCACAGAUUAGGAGUUUAGCGAUUUCUCUCAAUCAAAUAAGAAUCGCGACAAACACUAACUAAAGGUGUUCAGUGGGAUCAACAAGCGUCUGCUGAUACAGGCUAUAGCACAGGGUUAACCAACUCCACGCGAAAAUCGUGAACCCCGUACUUGCUCCCCAUCAAUUCGCUGCAAUUGCUUCUUGCUUCUCCUACAAAUGAUAUUCAGUGUCAGAAAAAAAAUUUGGUUGUCCGAACGCUUACAGUUCAAGGAGUCACACUUCCUCUCCAGGGAUGGUUACCCGCCAGUGUGCUACGUUUCUGUGUACUGUGUGCUUUAUUGCCGUCCGGUUCGCUCAAUUGGAUAAGCGCCGGUCUGCCGAGGGGAAAGAGGGGGGAGGGUGGGAGCGGCUUUAAAUAACUGAAGAGAAAGUGCUGGCUCAGGGUUUGCACAGUCUUGAAAAGUCCUUGAAUUUUCGUCAGCGUGGAAUGUAGGUGCCUGGAAAAUGUUUUUUGAUUCUUUUUGGUUGUCCAAGAUAGAAUAUAAAUCAUAGCUUAGAGAAUUUUAAUUUUAUUUAGGUAAGUCGCCCUAUGUUUUGUGCAAUAAUUAACUAUCAAUUUAAGACAAUUGAACUGCAAAAUGUAGAGAAGUUGGUGAAGCAAGUAGUUCAAGCCUUAAAGUCUUGUUAGAAUAGACUGGGAAUGUGCAUUUUUGUACAAACUGUGAAAUUAUAUUCCUAGUAGGUGGUCCUUGAAGAUCUAAUGUGGCCCUUGAAAAGUCGCCUUUGUAACGACAUAUGCCAACGGUUAGACUUUCUAGUCUACUCGGAUAAGGAUGAUAAACCGUACGCCCCGUCUCGCAACCCUUGCACAUAUAAAUUCUGUGGGACAUUAAAGAACCCACUCACUGUUCGUUGAGAGUAGGAGACGUAGUCUCCGGUGUGGUGGUCUCUCUCUCUCAUGAGAGGAGCGACUGUUACGGGCCCGCAGUUAUUGGCGCUACGCGCUCUUGCGGUGACCCUGCCAAGAGUUGGAGAACCUCAGUAAAUUAGUUCUCCUUUUCGACAAUCUAGGCACGGUGCGUUCCUCGAUACCAACGAUUGAUGCAACUUCGUUUUACUAUUCUAUACGAAUGACUUCAGGUUGAACUCCGCUGUUCUCUGGCAAAAUCGUACUUAUCACGUGAUGAGAAUGUUAGCGAUUCCGAGCAAGGCCUGUUGAUAAGCGGGCUGUAUUUAGAGGGUGCGUCUAUGGAUCUGGGUAAAGAGUACCUUGUGGAACCAACGUGAGUAUAAUGAGCUAAUUACGCAUAUUAGGGAGAUUAAGAGUCACGUUCGAGGCAAACGGUAAACGUCAGAUUCAAGUUGAGAACUCCUCAAAAUAGAAAAAAAUAGAUAAAAGCUGUCCAGAACAAUUCUUGUGGAUAAAACUAGCGUGAGAAUAUUAAUUUUGAGUGGAAGUAACAAAUAGUAAACGACAUCUAAGGGGAAAACUUGGUCACGAGGAACAAAUUCACGUUUGCCGUUUGGGCGUACACGUGAAUUUUACUCUCUCUAUUCUCUUAUUUUGAACCGUUGUUACAGUCGAGCCAGGUCAAGCGUACCCCCCCCCCUCCCCCCAAGAUUUUAUUAAUAAAUUUAUUAUUCUAAAGUUGAAUCAGAUUAUCCCUGCAUUGGUAGUUGUACAUUUCAGGUUCAUCUCUGCAUUCCUUCAUACGUAAUGAGCAUCGACUUCACACGCGAGGUAAUCAUGAAAUUUCUACCUGCUCAGUUUUCUUGAAUUUCGUGUAAAUCUUCAAAGUAGUUUUAUCAAUAUACGAUUUUCUAUAGAUUAAAAUUCAUACAUGGCUCCCAGGCUUGGGGGAGUAAAACAAAAGAAGUCAUCUUGAGGCUCAGCAACUAAUAAUACAUUUCUUCUGUUUCAUUCUCGCAAGCCUCGGAGCCAAGUAUGAAUUUCAAUAUCUCGAAAAUGGUCUAUUCAAAAAGUUUUCAAUCUGGCCGAAUACAGCCUAAGAGUAUCGUAAAAAAUUCACUUCUGAUUGCAUAUGCAGGAAUGCAGAUUUGAAUUUAUGGUGGUUGUGGCAACGACUGUUUCAUUAUUUAAGGCGGAAGGAAAAUGCCCUCACUUCCGGUUGACGUGCGUCGCUCAAAAGCGUCUUUGCUUUAGCUCCCUUAUAUUCUGAUAACAUUCAAAGGCCAUCUCGAAAUAAAACUUCUAAGAGGGUUUUCAAGACUCACAGUCAGGCCAGGUCAAGCGUACCCCCAAUAAAUGAAUCGAUUAUUUGAAAAUGAAAAAAGUCUACUUCCGGUUGACGUGCGUCGCUUCAAGCUCCCUAUGAAUCUUCCCCGUAGGUUGUCGAAAAAUGAUGGCAAGUGAUUAGUUCACUCUUGGCUUUUGUCGUUGGUCAAACUAUAGUCCUUGUGGAUCAAUCGAGGUUUCUGGCAAACAGACCACCUACCCCACCCCUAAGUCAACAUUAGAGGGGUAGGUGGAAUUGAUCCGUUCUUUCUUUCUCUUAAUCAGGUCGGCCUUAUCACAGUUACCAGACCUUUUUGUGUCUGCCGUCAUCCCUGAAGAGGAGGAGCCUAGGCCCGAGGACAGGAACGAGGCAGACGAUUUGGAAGUUUACCGCUGUCCUGUAUUUAUAAAUAGAGUGAGUUUUGAAGUUUUCCUCUAGUUGGUCCUGUACUAGUAUGGGGGCCCCGUUUUCGUUUUUACCUUUUAGUUCUGCGAUUGGUUUCCAAGGCUGUACACUGGGAUAUAAAAUGCGGUAAAACUUUCCUAUUCCUGAUUAGAUGUUUCAUCUCUUUCUGCUUCGCCAAAUCAGGUUAUUUUGAAUGUGUGUGCUGUAAAAAGGCAGCAUGUCUUGUAAAAAUGUUGAGAAAACCAGCUGACGUGAACACAUCCUUAACUUUUAGACUGAUGGAGUAUUCACUUAAACUAUAGAGUGUUACGGUGACGGUAGAUCUGUUAGGGGUUCCUAUGUCCCAGUGGAACAUCCCCACCAACAUUUUCCAGACGUGUCCCUAGUGGCUCUAUCUACCCUGAUAUCUAGACUUAAGGCUCCAAAUCGCUGUUUUGAGCUUGACAGAAGCUGGAUUUUUUUUACUUCCUUUUCUACUAAAUGGACUUCCCUUUUAAUGUUGUUGGUGUACAAGGAAAAAAGUGAUAUGAAGGGCGGCAGUAAUGGGCUCUCGGUUUAAGAUACUUCAAGUUAGAGAUGUGCCGGCCUUUUCCACCGUGGUUCGAAGGGAACUUUUCUGAGGAGUUAUCCCUUUACUGCUGUGUAUAUGCCGUUAAUGGUAGCUCUAGUUGUUUGUGUCUGGUUUAUUAUGUCGUGUGGUUUGAACUGGUGUAGGUGGACGCAGUUUCUUCAGUGUCAAGCUUAACAGUUGGUGAUUGUCAAGUAUGUAAUUAGAACCGAAUCAAAUCGUAUUUGUGAUAUUUUCUUGGUCAUUUCACAGGCUCGACAGUUUUGUUCGUUCACUUUACCGAUGAAAUGUUCCAAGACCGCGGAUCACUGGGCUCUAGCUGGUGUUGCCAUAGUGUUGGAUAUAGGAGACGCGUCCAACUCUUGGAAGCUGGCACCGAGCAAUUUUAAGCAGUGACGUCCAGGCCUUUCAUCUACCCUCUUUGAAACAUUUCUCAAAUUUCUCUGAAAAGGCAUUUAUCAGUGUCUGAUUUUAAAAUAAUUGUGUACAAUAUCGAAACUCUGUGAUGAGUUUAUAGUUCCAUUUAAAAAUUUGUGUAUGUCGCCCUUCACGUUAUUGAACGCUCAUGGAGCCAGUCGCCAUAAGACCCUACGUCUGGCGUAACUACUGUUGUCUGGCGUGAAAAACAGGGUUCGACUGAGCUGCUAACGUUGGUUGUUACGUCCGGCGUUAAGAUUUUACGCAACUAGGACUGACUAACGUCUGUGAAGCUUGAACUGUCAUUCGCCAUCAACAGUCUUACAAGAGACUACUAGACUACUUCCAUACUCAGUAGACGUGCUGUAAAAAUUCUUUAUACUUGAAUUCUAACGCGUUGUAUGUAGUCACGUAAUAUUCUCAUAUGUUUGUUUGACUUUUGUUCGGACUAAGGUGUGUGCCAUGGAGGGCAACAUAAUGUGAGUUUGAGAGAAAAAUUUCCCACUGAGUCUUGCGCUUUUCUUUAAAUUACGUCACAGCAAGAAAGAAUAUAUAUUAUUCUUUCGUUUUCCCUUUCAUAUCUUAAGUUAGCUCGAGUGUCUGAAUAAUAACACAUAAUUUGAACAAGACAGUAAACCCUGAAGAACAUAGUUGUAGUUAAAUGACCUCCUCCUGCAAAUGGCUAAGUGAAAGUUAUCAGUUUUUUCCUUUGCCAGGUUUAUGGCACAAACAAGCACUAAGCCUACAUAAGAGAGUUCAUCCCGUCUUGGUAUAUAAUGCGCCUUUUGCACGGUUUUGCGUGGCUUGUAUGUAGCAGGUAUGAAAGCUUAGCCUGCGU